AGCGUCGGCCAUUUUGUAGUUUCCUUGAGAAAUUGGUGUGUUGAGUUGAUUCCUUCUUCUCGUGGUUGUCACCUUUUUACAACACUGAUUGCGUGCGGUGAUCAUUACACAUUAAAAGAGAGCCCGGCCAAACGUCUCACUCUAUAUUUGGCCAGUGCUGAUAUCCAACAUAUUGCAUAUCUUGUCCAUACAUAUUACCAAUUUAUCACAUUGUCGUCGAUGCGUUUAGUCUACAACGACGGUUACGUGUACAUGAAUGGGGACAUCGGGAAGCUCCCACCAGGGGCGGUUUACCCAGCCACCCCUGAACCCUUGGGUUCUGUCGGGGGUACAGUUAUUGCAAACACCAGCUUAGAUUACAGUGUCAUGAACGGAGGAUCUGUACCAGGCGAACUAAUGCUCGACCCAACUACCAUGGGUGGUAUUGAGCCUUCGCCUCAACACUCCAUAAGAUUAAGUGGUACUGUUGGUGGUUUGGCUGGCUCUCCUGACAUUGCUGGUGGUACCAGUGAUGGUGGAGUUGGUGGUAAUCCUCCUUCAAUUGCCGGUGCUGCUCCUCCAGAUGUUGCCGGUGCUCUGAGAGUUGGAGUUAACCUUGGUUAUGUUCCUGUUGAAAUUAAUCCCUUGGAUGUUCAAAUGUCACCAGCUUUAAUGACUGAUUUACCGACAUCUGGCAUUCCAUUAGAUCAACUUAAACAAAUGCUCUCUUCACAGCUCGAAUAUUAUUUCUCUAGAGAGAAUUUAGCAAAUGAUACAUACUUAUUAUCACAAAUGGAUAAUGAUCAAUAUGUGCCCAUAUGGACCGUCGCAAACUUCAAUCAAGUUAAAAAAUUAACUAAAGAUAUUAAAUUGAUUACUCAAGUGUUACGUGAAUCGCCAAAUGUACAAGUUGAUGAAGAGGGACAAAAAGUUAGACCUAAUCAUAAACGAUGUAUAGUUAUUUUACGGGAAAUUCCAGACAACACACCAUUGGAAGAAGUCAAGAAUUUGUUCUCGGGAGAAGGGUGUCCAAAAGUAAUAUCAUGCGAGUUUGCCCACAAUAGCUCAUGGUAUGUUACUUUUGAAUCAGACGAAGAUGCCCAGAAGGCCUACAGGUUUUUACGCGAAGAAGUUAAAGAAUUUCAGGGAAAGCCUAUAAUGGCUCGCAUAAAAGCUAAACCAAUGAACAGGCUACCAAUUCCUACGGUGGCUGGAGUUAGUAGCAUAAAAAACGGCUUUCGAACUCCUCCACCACCGCCAGUUUUUGAUCCAAGUAGUUAUCCACCUGGUCAACAACGCUUCCUAUACACCAAUGGUACUACCAUGCCCCAAACCACAAUACCGCCAUACCCCAACCAGAUACAGGUCUACCACCAGCCAUUUUACACUCCAUCGAUGAUGCACUGGGGUCCAGCAAGUCCGGCUUAUUUCGACAUGACCAGUGUAUUCACAAUGAAUGGAAUGACACCGCACAAUUCAUUCAAACCACACACAAGGUUUAAUCCACGAAAUAGAAACAAACACAGAAAUGGAUCAGACAGAGGUGGUCCAAUAGACAGUGGUAUGUCACACAUGAGUCGUAUGAAUCAUCCACCAAAAUUAAAUUCCAACAUGCAUACCAGCAAUAACAACAACAACAACACCAAUACCAACAACAAUAAUAACAACAAUACUCCAACAACAGCUAUUACCACUACAAACAACCAUAACAACAACAAUAUGACAUUGACUAUGUCCAAGGAGGGCCAGAUAUCUUUUUCGUCUUCUUCGAUGUCAUUUGUACCGACGACGGUUGGUGUUCAGCUUAAUAGCAGAUCUACUAGUCCAGGAUCAGUUAUUAGUCCUGCUGGUACGGCUACUGGUGUUCCUGUUACUGUCGCUGGGGUACUGGGGCUACCGAUUGAUGAUCCUAAUAUUGUUAUCGCUUCCGGUGGAUCUGUUUUAGCUGCUACAGUUGGUUCCGGGGCUGGCAAUGUUAUUAGUGACAACAUUUACGGCACUGUCACUCUUACUCCCCCGUCAUCUCCCAAUAAAUCUAUUAAGACUGAUGACACAAACUUGAUGGUGAACGGUGUGGACGAGGCCAUAAGUACAAAAACCCAUGCUGCUGAAAAGUCUGAGCCAGUAAUGAGGUGCAAUUGUGACAACAUCCCUACUGUCCCACAGAAUCCUCCUCAAUUACAAACAGGAGUGGCCUCUGCCUAUCCUUUAGACCUCAAUAGGCCAAGCUAUGCCCAAGUAGCUCAACAUUGUCGUGAACAACCUUGUACCAAACACAAAAUAGAUGAAAAAGAUACGAAUGAAUAA